AUGCGUUCCUCGGCUGUGUUGAUCUUUGCUGCUUUGGUGGCUCACGCUGCUGCUGACUACAACUACACUUUUCCUUCUGGCUUUGACCUGAGCGACGUCAGUGCCACAGAAUUAGAGGCUUGGUGUCAAGGCGAGCGCAAUACCUGCCCCGAGGUCUGCGGAGGAGCUGCUUCGUCCAACACCUGCGACUCGACAACCCUCGAUUUCUCCUGCACUUGUGCAAAUGGCACGACUCCUGACUUGUCCCCAUACGAGAACACCAUACCGUUCUACGUCUGCCAAGAAACCUAUAUUCAAUGCAUUAACAACAACCCGAACGACCUCCAGGCCCAGGACAACUGCAAGGCCAACGCAACUUGCGGCACCAUAAUCUUGGGUGCUUCUUCGACCACUAGCUCUUCCUCCAGCAGCUCGGCUUCCAGCACCUCGUCCUCGACUUUGGUUACCACCACUGCGUCCGUGUCUGCCACUGGAUCCUCUACAGGAUCGGCUACCGGCUCCAGUGCUACUUCGGCCUCCUCAACGGGCGCCGCUGUGGCUCUUCAGAUCGCUCAGGACCACUCCACUGGUUUCUUUGCUGCCGCUUUGCUAGCUGUAUUUGGCAUGUUGCUGUAA